AUGUUUGAAAGUGAGGACGGUCUUAAGAUUAAUGCAAAUGUGCUCGAACAGUUGCAGGAGUGGAAUUUAAUUCCUUGUGAAGGGCAAUAUUUAUGCGCUCGGGGCCAUCCGCUGAAAUUGUUGGAGUGCACUGCAUCAUCGGAUGGAUUCGUUUGGAGGUGCCGUAAAAUUUCGAAGUCUGGAAAGCAAGUGCGAACGUGUAAUCAGCAAAUUUCAUUAAGAAAAAACACAUUCUUUGAUAGGUCGAGGCUAUCGAUGGUGAAGCUCAUUGCAUUUUCUUACUUUUGGUUGAAGAAUGUGACACAAGAUUUUAUAAUUGAGGAGUUAAGUAUUACAAGACCGACCGCAGUUGAUUGGUGUAAUUUUUGCCGUGAGGUAGUGUAUGACGGCAUGGUUGUAAAGGGGCGGAAAAUUGGAGGUGUCGGGUCUAUUGUUGAGAUAGACGAAAGCAAAUUCGGACGCCGGAAGUAUCAUCGUGGACACGCUGUUGAAGGGCAAUGGGUUUUUGGUGGAGUGGAGCGUGGUACCAAUAAGUGUUUUCUUGUUCCCGUUGAAAAGCGGGAUAAGGAAACUUUAUUGGCAGUUAUAAAGAAUUGGAUUCUUCCUAACACGACCAUAGUUUCCGAUUUUUGGAAGGCGUAUGACUGCCUAAGUGAUGAAGGGUACGUUCACUUUAAAGUUAACCAUUCGGUUAAUUUUAAAGACCCAGAAACGCAACAACACACAAAUACAAUUGAGGGAUUUUGGCGGCAUGUCAAAUAUCCAAUGCCGCAGUACCAUCGAAACAAAAAGUUUUUUAGUGGAUAUUUGGCAAAAUUUAUGUUUGUGAGGCAUUGCAAACAUGCAGGUUUGGAUCCGCUGAGCAAUUUUUUUAAACUGGCUGGUGCAUUAUACAAUCCACUGAAUCCAUACAUGCCGGAAGAAGCAGAGGAUUUUGAAAUUGAGGUUAUGGAAGAAGAGUAGGUGUAGCUUUUAAUGAUUUCUGUAAGCCCUUUUAAGUCGAAUAUUUUGUUUUUAAAGUGGAAAAAAAGUGAUGUGUUUUUAUUGUCUGGCAACACAGAAAGGAGAAUUUUACUUAGUAAGGGUUAUGAUCCA